GGUGGUGCUGUGACUGUCCCAGAAACGCUGCUUUUCAUAUCCACUCUGGAUGGAAACCUUCACGCAGUGAGUAAGAGCACAGGUGACAUCAAGUGGACCCUGAAGGAUGAUCCUAUUCUGCAGGUGCCGGUUUAUGUGGCAGAGUGAGUGUGACCCCCCCGCGGGCAGAGUCAGGGCAGGCAGCCUGCGGGCUGUGCAGGAGCCUUUCGGAGGUGCACGACUGCCCUGAUGAACCAACAGAUUCACAGCAAGAGAGGGGAACCUCGGAGAAAUCAACAUCCCAGCCCACGACAUAGCGUUGCCUUAAACCUGCCCUUUGUGCUAGCACUGCAUGCAUGAUGAGGAGGAAUAGCUGCUCCCUGCUGCUGAAUUGUAGCCUUUCUACAGACAGCCCAGAACCUCUCAGCACCACCAUGCACAAAAGCAUAGAAGAGAAAUUGAGGAAAAUCCACCUGAAAGUGCAGGAGGAAGGCAGGACAGCAGAGAGCUCCCCCGGGGCAGGCAGGGCACCGAGCCAGCACGGCUGACCGGCAUUCCUUCCAGACCCCAACGAUGGCAGCCUGUAUAUCCUGGGAGGAAAAAACAAAGAAGGCUUGAUGAAGCUCCCGUUCACCAUCCCAGAGCUGGUCCAGUCCUCGCCAUGCCGCAGUUCGGACGGCGUGCUCUACACCGGGAAGAAGCAGGACACCUGGUUCAUCGUGGACCCCAAGUCAGGAGAGAAGCAGACCACUCUCUCGACAGAGGCCUGGGAUGGUCUGUGCCCAUCAAGUCCCCUCCUCUACAUCGGCCGUACCCAGUAUGUCAUCACCAUGUAUGACACCAAGUCACGGGAGCUGCGCUGGAACGCCACCUUCUCAGACUACUCGGCACCACUCUGCGAGGAGUCCUACCACUACAAAAUGGCACACUUCGCCUCGAGCGGAGACGGGCUGGUGGUGACACUGGACAAGGAGAGCGGGGAGGUCCUGUGGGCACAGAACUAUGGCUCGCCUGUGGUCGGCAUCUACAUGUGGCAUCAGGACAGCCUCCGCCGUGUCCCCCACCUCAACCUGGCCAUGGAGACCCUGCGUUACCUGACCUUCCACUCGCAGGACAUCCAUCUCCUCAAGUGGAGCUACCAGUCCAUGAAGGAUUUCACUGCCACCAAGACCCAGCUGCUGCCAGCGCUCUACGUGGGGAAGUAUGCGGCCAGCUUCUACGCCUUGACCUCCCUGGUCCAUGGCAGCGUGGCUCUGGUGCCACAGGGCAUCACGCUGGCCAGGAUCGACGGCCCCACCACGGAUGAUGUGACCAUGAGAGAGUCAGGGGAGUGUGAGAUCACGCCCAGCACCGACGUCAAGUACCCGCAGGGCAGCAUCACCGCGCUCCACAACCAGUGGCUCCUAAUAGGGCACCACGAGCUGCCUCCUGUGGUCCACACUACAAUGCUACGAGCCUUCCCAGAGAACCUGAGGAAGACAACGGAAACCAUCAUCCCCAGGGCUCCUCCUGCCAGGACCGUGUUCGACGAUUUUCUGGCCCCGAGCAGCCCGGAGGAGCCGGCUGUCCGCGGCGAGGGGCAGUUCCAGCCGGACCCCGCGCCAAAGGAGCAGGUGGAGGUCUACCCCGAGGCCAGCUUCUGGGACCUGGUGAUGGCUGGCGUCGGCACGGCGCUGCUGGGCGGGGGAGUCCUGUUCCUCCUGCUCACGAAACUGCAGAAGCAGCAUGCGGUGCAGCAGCAGCAGCUGGAGAAGCAGAUUCAGCUCCUGCAGCAGCAGCAGGAGAUGCUGCUCCCAAGCCGGGUCUCCAAGGAGGGUGUCCCUGCAGAGCCCAGGGAGCCAGGGCUGAGCCAGGGAAGCGCGUUGCAGCUCUCGCAGAGCUCCAGCCCCUCGGCCUGCCCGAAGGGCCUGUCUAAUGGGAUGGUCAGCUCAGAUCCAGCUGUCCCGGCAGCUGCUGAAGAUGCAGAACCAGAUGUGAUUGUAGUUGGGAAAGUUUCUUUUAACCCCAAGGAUGUGCUGGGCCACGGAGCUGGAGGAACCUUUGUCUUCAGAGGACAGUUUGAUGGCCGGAACGUGGCCGUGAAGCGCCUCCUGCCCGAAUGUUUCCACCUCGUGGACCGCGAGGUCCAGCUGCUCCGGGAGUCGGAUGAGCACCCCCACGUUGUCCGCUACUUCUGCACCGAGAAGGACAAGCAGUUCCACUACAUCGCCAUUGAGCUCUGCUCUGCCACGCUGCAGGAGUACGUGGAAAGCCCCAGCUUCGAUCGUCGCAGCCUGGACCCGGUGUCUCUGCUGCGUCAGACCAUGUCCGGGCUGGCCCACCUCCACUCCCUCAGCAUCGUCCAUCGUGACCUGAAGCCCUGUAACAUCCUCAUCUCCGUCCCAAAUCGCCACGGGCAGAUCCGAGCUGUCAUCUCCGACUUUGGCCUCUGCAAGAAGCUUCAGGGGGGACGACAGAGCUUCAGCCUCCGCUCCGGCAUCCCUGGCACAGAGGGCUGGAUCGCGCCCGAGGUGCUGCAGGAAGCCCCGAAGGAGAACCCUACGUGUGCCGUGGACAUCUUUUCAGCUGGCUGUGUCUUCUACUACGUGGUGUCAGGAGGGCAGCACCCGUUUGGGGACAGCUUGCGACGACAGGCCAACAUCUUGUCAGGCUCUUACCAGCUGAGCUGCCUGCAGGAAGAAGCUCACGACAAGCUUGUUGCACGAGAGCUGAUUGCGGCAAUGAUCAGCCCUGAGCCCCAGUGCCGACCCUCAGCCCCCGUGGUCCUUGUGCACCCCUUUUUCUGGAGUCAGGAGAAGCAGCUGCAGUUCUUCCAGGACGUCAGUGACCGCGUCGAGAAGGAGCCUGUUGAGGGACCCAUCGUCUCGGCCCUGGAGGCGGGGGGACGGUCGGUGGUGAGGACCAACUGGAGGAUGCACAUCUCCCUCCCGCUGCAGACAGACCUGAGGAAGUUCCGCACCUACAAGGGGGGCUCGGUGCGCGACCUCCUGCGGGCCAUGAGGAACAAGAAGCAUCACUACCAUGAGCUGCCGGCCGAUGUCCGGGCAACCCUGGGCUCUGUCCCUGACGGCUUUGUGCAGUACUUCACCUCCCGCUUCCCCCGGCUGCUGCUGCACACACACAGGGCCAUGAGGGUCUGCGCCCACGAGCGGCUUUUCCACUCCUACUACUGCCAGGGGCCAGGAGGUGAUGGCAAAUGAGUGGGGACACACACUGGGACAGCAGCCGCAGUGUGAGGCUGCUGCGGCCACUCCUUGCAGCGGUUGGAAGCAGUCCCAGGGCUCUCCGGAGUCCUUCUCCCCCUCCUCGGGGUGAGGUGGGGCCCCAGGAUGUGGGUUACAAGCAGCAUGGUCCAGAAGAGGUGAGCACAGGGUGGCACACUGCUCUUACCUGGGGUCUCCUCAGCCCAAGAGGCACCCUCUGGGCACCCACCUUUGCAAACACUCAGACUCAGCAGCCUGAAGGCCUUUGUGCCAGAGAACAGAAAACCUCUGUGGUGGACACGGUGUUUGAGAAGAAAGAAAACGUGUUUGGUUUUCCAGCCAGCAGAGCAAUACAGCCAGGCUGGCGCCGGGUCCCAGCGGGUGUUCACCAGGGAUCGGUGUGCUUUGUCCUCCCCUGCCACACGCCUGGGAAAGCUGCUCUUUGAAUGUGUCCCCAACAUGGUUGUGACCAGGACUGUUACACCAGCCUCGACAUUGGAAAUGAUCCUUCAGCCCCGCCAAGGGCUGAGGCACAGCAGAGCAGCUUCUAGCACCCACCCCAGGGCUUGGACCUGCUUUUUGGAUCAGGGCUGCCACCAACCCUGGAGGGAGGCAUAGCGCCUCCAGCACCAUCCCAAUAACAAAGUUUUUAGUCUCAGCUGGGCUGAGAAAAAGUUUUUCUCCCUUUUGGUCACCAGCAGCCUGUUGUUAUGCCAAGCCAGAGCUCCCCCAUGUCAGUCCUGCACCCAGGAGCCCCGAGCAGUUUGUGCAGAUGUUCAGGAGCAGCUGUCUCAGGACACAAAGACAGGAACCCCCUUCUCCCCAGGGACCCUUCCCUCUGAACACACGCCUGUGCUGCAGCUCCCCCAGCCUCUGCUGCGGGGCAGGUUUCCUAGAGGUGUUGUAUUUUACAGCAUCCCCCUGCCCGUGGAUUUCAUACAAGCCUGCCUCCACGUGCAGCACCCACUGGGCCCGUGGGCAGCCUGGGAGCCCCUCGGCAAGGCUUCCUCUCUAGAACAGCAAUAAUUUUGUACAGUCUGAUUCUUCUGUGUGCUGGGGUGGGAUUUUGUUACACAGGUAACAAAGGGUUUGUACCUGGUCUGUUUUCAGAAUACGGUAUGGCCUAUAGCAUUUUAUACAAAAUAUUAUAAAAAAUAAAAACUAAAAAGUU